UAUGACCUAACCACGAUCUAACCUUAAAUUUGCCUUGUUUUGUCAAUAUUUUUAUUUUUAUUUGCAACCUUGAUUGGCAAUAAAUGGCUUUAAAAAUUGAAAACGAAGAUGGAUUUUUAAUAGACACAAAGACAUAUUUUAACAGUAUACUUCCGAAGAACGGGUGUGUGUCAGGUAUAAAUGAAAACUUAUUUAAAAUUUUCACACCCUAUUCAACAAAAAACAUUUCUAAAAGAAAGAAAAGUUUGAAAAAGCAAGAUAAUGAAACUAAACAAAAUGAAAACGAAAGCAUUUACUGUGAUUUUAAAAGUGAAGUUCAAACAGUUAAAGAGAAAUACUUGAAAUUUACGAGUUAUCUUAGAAAAAGAGGUUUUUUUCAAGAACGCGAAGCUGUACAAAUUAAAAAUAUUCUAGCUUUAGAGACCGCAGAAAAAGUAUACUUUGAAUCGGGAAAAAAUAUAAUUAAAGAUACUACUGGUUGCAAUUAUGGGCCUGCUACAGUACAAACCUUGGACAGUUCCAAGUUUCUAUUCCCAGAAAACUGUAAAUUUUACAGCAAAGAUAUUUCUAACAUCGAAACACAUUUAAAAGAUACAAAAUUUGAUGUUAUUCUACUAGAUCCACCUUGGUGGAACAAAUACAUUAGGCGGAAAAGGAAAAAGUCUUCUGAAGCAUAUAAUAUGAUGUACAAUACAGAUUUAGAAACAAUACCUAUAGAAAACUUACUUAAAGAUGAUGGUUUAGUCGUUGUUUGGUGCACAAAUUCAUUGCAACACUUGAACUAUUUGACCGAAAACAUUUUUCAGAAAUGGGGUGUUAAAUAUGUUAGUAAAUGGUAUUGGGUAAAGGUUACUAUGAGUGGGGAGCCAGUUUGCAAAUUUUCUGAACCACCAGGUAAACAACCCUUUGAGCAAAUUAUUUUUGCUUGUAAAAAUCCAGAAAAAAAUCCCAUCCCUGAGUCAGGAAAAUUACUUAUUAGCAUACCUAGUGCCAUCCAUUCUCACAAACCACCUCUAAUCGAUGUUAUUAGACCAUACAUGCAAGAAAAUGCAACAUGUUUAGAAAUAUUUGCUAGAUAUUUACUACCGGAAUGGACCAGUUAUGGUAAUGAAGUGUUGAGAUUCCAGCAUGAAUCUUUAUAUGAUUUUAAACAAUAAAAAGAUUAUACAAAAUCAUUUAUCUUCUUAAAUAUCAGAUAUACCAUGUUCUCAGGUGUUUAUAAUAACAAAAAAUAUUCAUAUUUACAAAAAAUGUACUUUUCUGUUAGAAAAAACAAAUUCUAUUUGUAAGUUGUUAUAUAUCUUGUUUUCUAAUGAACUUACAGAUAAAUUUGGUGAUUUUGACAAGAAUAUAAGUUUGUUAAGAUUGCCUGAUUAUACUGGGCAUAUUAAAAAACAGUAUUUUUCUGAAAUAUCUUUUAAUCAAAAAAAAAAUAAUUUAAUAAAAAAUUGUACCUUUAAAGUGGUGAAUAAAAAAGAAGAGAACAAUUGCAUAA